CGAGUCGAUUGGAUUCAUAAAACCAUCGCUAAGCAAGCCCGACACAUCUGAAGCAGCACACCUAUCACCGGAGCAAACGGAUACCAAUGAAAAGAGAACGCUUUCACCGGAUACAAAAGAACUGACGGUCACUUUCAACUCAACGGAGCUAACGGAUAUCAAUGAGAAGCAAAAAGUUCAAAUGGAAAAAGUGCAUGCUUGUCUAUCCGAAUUUGAAAUAAUUGACACUUUAAAUUAAAAACCCCAGAAAUAUUAAUAUGACACAGUAAUUAAAAUUUUGAAUAAAACUAAAAUGAGAUAAACACACAUUCAAUUUUUUUUUUAAGUUUUCAAAAAUCUAAUUUUUUUUUGAAGUUUUUCAAAUGAUAUUUGGUCAUUUCAAAUAAAGAUAAAUUCACAUCAAAAAAAUUAAUUUUUAACACUUGAGGACUCCCAAACACUCCCAGGGAGAGAUUGGCUGUUAUAGUAUCUGGUGGUGCCAAAAACUUUUAAAGCACCCAGGUAGGGUUUCCAUUCUCAAAUAAAAAUGUCGAACGUUCAAUAUAUUAAAUGAAUUUUCUAAAUCAAUUAUUCCACCUUUAUUCGUAUAAAAUUUUAACAUCAGACAAGGGUUCAGCCGAGAGAACGCCAGAUUAACCUCUAAAAAUUUGUAGGAACGGUGUGUUUAUAACUACAAAUUUUGGAAAAAAUUAAAUUUCAAGCAGUUUCAUUCAAUUUCUUAGAGGUUGAAUGAGGUUGAAUGCAAAUUUUAAAUUCCCAGUUAACUUAUCGAGAAACAUUUUUCAAACAGAAAAAAAAAACCCAUAUUUCAAUUUUCUCAAAACCUCUUCACAAAGUGAAAUCUCUCAGCUUCUCUAACCUAUUGUUAUCAUAGUUACCUAGGUAACUCUUGGCUCAGCGCUUUUCGCAUUGAUUAGCUCGGUAAGCCUUUAGUACUACUUCUCUUCCGCUUUCUGUUUAAAUUUUGAAUUCUAGUUGCAAUAUUAUACGAGAAAAUGCUAAAAUGUUUAAAAAUAUUUUUUUGUGAUAUAACAUUUUGUAAAAUUUAAAAUCCACAUUUUAAUCAUUUAGUUUCAUUUCUUCCCAACAUAUAGCUGAGCCAAAUGGCUGACCAAGAACUUCGUAGACGUCGUGUUGGACAAGAAGCAACGGAAAUCCGGAAGCGACAGCGAGCCGAGAGGAUCUACAAAAUCGAAAAGAAAGCCGAGCCGAUGAGCUGGACCUGCUAUGGCCUCAUCGCGCUCUCUAUUAUUGGUUUCAUCCUGUUCCUGAUCGAGGCAUUCACUGGCUUCAAGCGCAUCAAAAGUUUGUUCUAGGCAUCUAUCUGUCGCCACUUCCUUCCAUAAUUCUGUUUUUCAAAGUAAAUAACUCCAGUGGCUUCAAAUAAUAAAUGAUUGUAUGUUUUA